UUUGAAAAAUCAUUAUUGUAAUAUAUGUAAUAAAAGUUAAUUCCACCUAUAAAAUGCCGAAAAUAUUGCCUACUACAUUUUUUUAUUAAUACGUGCUCACUUAAAAUCCGAAUAUACAAAGAAAAACAUCUAAGUGCUCUGAUUUAUCAAUAAAAUGGGUUCUAAAAUUAUUUUUACUUUAGUAAUACUGGUAUGUCUGACUGUACGAGACGUCUGCUCAACCACAAACCACCAAAUUGGUCUAAACUCUGUAAUACCGAGAGACAUCAAUUUACGAGUAGAACCAAGAUUUCUCAACAACCAAAUAGCCAACAUCCAGGAAUUGAUCACCAAAUUGUUUGCGUCUAUUUGCAACGCUAUCGCUAAAAUCAUAGAGCCCAUAUCGGCAAUACAAAAACUAAUUGUUGACGGAUUGAAGUCUGCUUUGUCGCAAUUAGAAAAAGUAAUUGGAUCGAAAUUAUUCUCGUCAAUUAUUUCUUUCGCGAUCGAUAAAAUAGCAGCUGUUGAUCAAAUGAUUACCAAUUUCACAAAUUAUUUGAUAUUCUUUAUCAAUACAACAAUAGCUGACCAGCAAACUCUUCCAAACAGUAUUACAACGAAGAACACCAAUAUACAAUCGAGAGCAUUCAACAACGUCCUAUUUAGAGUCCAGUCAAUCGUAACCUCAAUUUCUGCGACUGUCUGUAGCGCCAUCUCUCCUGUAGUAACAGUAGCAUCGGCCAUUCAAGCUGUCAUCGUUAAUGGCUUAACGGUUUUCUUGAGGGGAUUGUCAGCCAUUAUGGUCUCUCCUUAUUCCGGACAAGUACAAAUUCUUGUUAAUCAACUCGGUGUGAUCGAUCAAACGUUUACGAAUAUCACGGGGUCGAUUCAGACGUACAGUUGUGUUGUGACUAGAAGCAUUGGUUCGCUCAUUAAUACUAUCAUUGGUGUUGUUAUCGCAAUAUAAAAUGAGUAAUGCAAUUAUGGAAUGUUAAAAGAAAAUAU